AUGGGCAAGCUCAUCAGGCUGGAACUGUUCAACUUCAAGUCGUAUAAGGGCCAUCACGUACUCCUCUUCGGCGAUGCCUUCUUUACCUCCAUCAUCGGUCCGAAUGGCUCGGGCAAGUCCAAUGCCAUGGACGCCAUCUCCUUCGUGCUUGGAAUCAAGUCCUCCGCCUUGCGCUCCUCCCAUCUGAAAGAGUUAGUCUACCGCGGUCGCGUCCUGAGCAAGUCGACGGCGAACGGAGAGGAGCAUUCAAAUGGGACGGAUGCGCAUGAGCAGGACACCAGCAAUCAAGCCAAUGGCACCCAGGAACGCAAUGACCCCAAGUCGGCAUGGGUAAUGGCCGUCUACGAGGACGACGCCGGAAUCGAACAGAAAUAUAAACGCACAAUCACCAACCAGGGCGUUUCAGAAUAUCGCAUCAACGAGCGUGUUGUAGCCGCACAGCAGUACAAUGAGUCAUUGGAAGAGGAGAAUAUCCUGAUCAAGGCUCGCAACUUUCUGGUCUUCCAAGGCGACGUCGAAGCCAUCGCAGUCCAGAAACCCCAAGACCUGACGCGCCUCAUUGAACAGGUGUCUGGCAGUCUCGAGUACAAAGCCGAAUACGACAAGUUGAAGGCGGAGCUGGACGAGGCCGCGGAACAACAAGCGUUCCAACUCAACCGUCGUAGGGGCAUCAACUCGGAGAUCCGGCAGUACCAGGAACAAAAGAGAGAAGCAGAGAACUUCCAGAAAAAAGCGGCGGAACGAGAUGAGGCAAUCGUCACUCACGUCCUGUGGAAGCUCUACCAUCUGCAACGCCAAAUUGAAGAGUCCAGCGCCGAGAUCCAGAAACACCAAGAUGACCUGAAGGAGUACCGGAGAGGUAUUGAGAAGUAUGAGCGCAAUCUGGAAGUCGCCAGAAAGGACCACGUGCAAGCCGCCAGGAGCGUGGCGAAGGCGGAGAGGGCGAUCAAGGCGAAAGAGAGAGAGAUCGAGGAGAAGACGUCGUCUCUAGUGCCCAUCGAUGAGCAGAUCUCGGUGUCCAACAAGCAACUGACCAAAUAUGCCAACCGAGUGAAUUCGAUCCUGAAGGAGCGAAAUGCUCAAGCAGCGACUGUGGCCCAGCUCGAAAAGGAUUUGAGCACGGUCGAGAAGGCUCAGGCCCAGUGGCAGAAACAAUGGGAACAGAAUGCAAGUCGACUUGGUGGUCAAUUGAGUAAUGCGGAUCUUCAGCAAUACACGCGACUCCGGGAAGAGCUGAACAAGCGCGCUUCAGUAGACUUGAGUCGGGUCGAGAGACUGAAGAAUGAACGAGCUCCCAUCGAGGCCACGUACAACAAUCUGAAGAGUAGUGUGGAAACCACCGAGUACAAGUUGAAAGCGCUUGAAGAUGAGUACAGCGCCAUCACAGAGCGGAAGGACGCUGUCAAAGAAGUCGUCCAGCAGACUCAGACCGAAAUCGAGGCAAAGAAGAAAGAGCUCAAUGCUGCCACGUCUAGGCGACUGCAGGCCGCACGAACUCGAACUGAACUCGACGAGAAGCUCGCGGAGGUUGCGCGCAAGCUACUCGAAGCCGACGACGGCCGUCGAAUGAGUGAAAGGGAGAUGAGAACGAAGGAGACCAUUGCCAUGCUCAAACGAACUUACCCUGGCGUCAAAGGUCGUGUGCACGAGUUGUGUAAGCCAAAACAGAAGAAGUAUCAGGAAGCUGUCAGCACUGUGCUCGGCCGGCACUUCGACUCCGUCGUCGUCGACACCGAAGCGACGGCUAAGCAAUGCAUUGAAUAUCUACGAGACCAUCGAUCAGGCCAGGCUACAUUCAUCCCGCUGGACACAAUCCAUGUCAAGGCGCUGAACUCCAAUCUGAAAGGCAUGCAUCGAGGCAUGCGACCGGCAAUUGAGACCGUCGAUUAUGAUGAGUCUGUGGCGCGAGCAAUUUCUUACGCAUGUGGCAAUUCCAUCGUCUGUGAUGACCUCGCCAUUGCCAAAGAACUAUGCUAUGUUCGCCAUGUGGAUGCAAAGGCCGUCACCUUGGACGGCAGCGUCAUUCACAAGGGCGGGUUGAUGACCGGCGGUCGUGGCAGGGAGCAGAAUACGCGACGAUGGGAUGAUGCCGAGAUCGAGAGGCUCAACAAGCUCAAAGACAAGCUGAUGGAAGAAUUCGCCGCAUUGCCCCAGGAAAGAUCUCGCGUCACCGAAGAACAGACGCUGCAGAACGAACUCAGUGGGCUGGAAAGCAGGCUGCGCUACGCCAAAGAAGAACUGGACGCUCUUAACAAGAACCUCCAGAGUAAGAAGCGCGAAGUGGACCAUGUGCGGCAGCUACUGAAGGAAGAGACACCGAAGAUGAGAAGCGAGCAAAGCAAGCUGGACAAGAUUGACGAAGAGAUCGCCGACUACCAAGAGUCGGUCGACAAUGUGGAGAAUGAGAUCUUUGCCGACUUUUGCCAGCGACUUGGCUUCGACGACAUUCGAGACUACGAGGCCCGACAAGGCUCGCUUCAACAAGAGGCCGCCCAGAAGAAGCUUGAGUUUGUGACGCAGAAGGGCAGAAUCGAGGGACAACUUGCCUUUGAGAGAACGAGACUCCAAGCAACGGAUGACAGGCUUCAAGCUCUUCGCGAGAAGGAACAACGCGACAAGGAAACCAUCGACGAGUUGAACGAGCAACGACAAGGGAUCCAAGACGACCUGGACACAUUGAAGCAGGAGCUCGACGAACUGCACGCGCAACUAGACGAGCAGCAAGAGUUGUUGGCCGCGGCGGGCGAGAAGCUGGCCAAGCAGAAACAAGAGGUCCAGAAACGGGCGAAGGAGAUGGAAAGUACAUUCCGGGCCAUCAGCGCGCUCGAAACCGAGAUCCAACGCCACUCGGCGACCAGAUACAGUCUUCUUCGUCGGUGCAAGAUCGAGAACAUCGCCAUCCCGCUGAAAGACUCGUCUGCCAGUCUGGACAGUGUUCCGAUCAACGAGAUGCCUCUUGAUGAUGCCAACGCCAUGGACGUCGACGAGGAGGAUCCCACGUCGUCGGGAAUGAAAGCGCACCAUGUCACCGACUACGGGGUGGAGCCCGAAUUCGAUGUCCUCGACGACGACCUUAAGGAGGACGACAGCGACGCCAUGGAAGCGCGGUUGCAGGAAGAGAUAGCCAAACUGAGCGCGACCUUGGACAAGAUGCAACCGAACGCGCAUGCGGCGCAACGCCUCGCGGCCGUCGAACAACGCGCCCACGACACGGAGCAGGAAUACGAAGAAGCGCGUGCCAACUACCGCGAGCUGAAGGCCAAGUUCGAAGAGACCAUGGAGAAGCGGAACGAGUUGUUCAACCAAGCCUUCUCGCACAUUUCCGAGCAGAUCGAACCCAUCUAUUCCAACCUGACCAAGUCAGACGAGUUCCCGGCCGGCGGGCGCGCAUACCUCACCGCCGACGAGGAAGAACCUUACCUCGCCGGCGUCAACUACCACACCAUGCCCCCGACGAAGCGAUUCCGAGACAUGGAGCAUCUGUCCGGAGGGGAGAAGACCAUGGCCGCCCUGGCCCUGCUGUUCGCCAUCCACAGUUAUCAACCCAGUCCGUUUUUCGUGCUGGACGAAGUCGACGCGGCCCUGGACAAUGCCAACGUAGGCAAACUCGUCAACUAUGUCCGCAACCACGCUGGCCCAGGAAUGCAAUUCAUCGUCAUCAGCCUGAAGACCGGCUUCUUCCAGGGCAGCGAGACCCUCGUGGGCGUGUACAGGGACCAAGGAGCCAACAGCUCCAAAUGUCUAACGCUUGAUCUGCGCAAGUAUACUUGA